AUGGGCUUGACGAAUGGCUUGCGGCUAACAAACGAGCACCUCCCAGUGCGCUCACGCAGCAUCGGGCCCGGGUGGUUCUUGUUCCCUGAGGCCCCAAAACUCGUGGCGUGCAACGAGACCAUGGUGCUCGAUUUCAUCGUCCAAAACAAAACGUCGGUCAUCAGGGCAUGCACGGCCGAUUACAACUCGGGCAUGAAGCCCGCCUACGAGCCUAGUAAUCACACGGCUGCUAUUUGCCCAACACCCAAUCAUGCCUUUGUUGAAGUUUCUAUCAAGUUAUUUCAUCCUACCCCCAGCAAUGACGAUGAUGGCUUCGCUAUUCAAGAUUUAUUAUCUGCUGGCUACCAGAUUGCCAGCUAUUUCGAAUCAAAAGCGCCUUCCUGUAUGGAUAACGCCUUGGCUUUUGGGUACUCUAAAUCUGCCGUCGUUGGAGUGUUUGGUGGUGCCGAAGUCCACCAGCAUGGUGUUACCACAGAUGUCCUCAACAGCUUGCUCAAAUAUGCAGAGAAAAACUCGAUUUCAAAAACCACUGCCCUCCAGCUGUGCCAAGCAGAUGGCCGCGGCGCAGAUUAUGGCAUCGGUAUUAUUGCGAGCAGUGCAAAAAAUUUGCCCAUGGUCCAGGAAGCUGUCAAGAAUUGGGCUGAUGGACGCUGCGCCUCUGAAGCGGACGGUGAUGUGGAGUUGAUGACAGUAACUCUGCGGAUCCCCUCCCGUGCCAAGUCAAAAUCAAACGGCAACGAAACGAUAACAUUUUCCACCACGGCCACCCACAUAGGGUCAAGGUCCCAUCUUCUUGCUAGAGCAGAAUGCAAGACAACCACGGUCCAAGCUCGCGAUGGCUGCUGGGCUGUGGCUGACCGUUGCAAGAUCAGCCAGGACGACCUGAAAAAGUACAACCCUCGUUCAAAAUUUUGCGAGACUCUUGUUGUUGGCGAGAAGGUCUGCUGCUCUUCUGGCACCUUACCUGAAACUAUCCAUCCUGGAAACUCGGACGGUACUUGCAAGACAAUAAAGGUCGUAAGUGGCGACGGCUGCGGCUCCCUAGCGUCUAAGUGCGGGCUAAGCCCCCAAGAUUUUACCAAGGUUAAUACCGACGCCAACCAAUGCGCCAAUCUAAAAGUCGGAGAGCAUGUUUGCUGCUCCCGUGGCAAGCUGCCUGACUUACGGCCCAAGCAGAAUCCCGACGGCUCCUGCGCGACAUACACGACUGUAACGGCUGAUAGCUGUUCCGCAAUUGCCGCAUCUUUUGGUAUAACUAAUAUAGAUAUUGAAACCUUCAAUAAGAAGACUUGGGGCUGGACUGGUUGCAAGUUCCUCUGGGUUGGAUUCAAGUUAUGUGUGAGCUCAGGAACACCCCCUAUGCCUGCAACUGUUGCGAAUGCCAUUUGUGGGCCAACCGUCCCAGGCACCAAACCGCCUUCCAAAGGCACCGAUUUGGCCAGCCUCAACCCUUGCCCCUUGAAGGUUUGCUGCAAUAUAUGGGGUCAAUGUGGCACGACUAAUGAAUUUUGCACCAUAUCCCAGUCAGAGACUGGCGCACCUGGCACAUCUGCGCCCGGCGUCAGUAACUGUGGCAGAGAUAUUAUCAAAGGCCCUGCACCGUCCAAGAAGAUUCACGUCGCAUAUUUUGAAGCCUGGAAUCAUCAUCGCAAGUGUCUUACCAUGGAUGUCGGCCAGAUUGACACGGACAAGUAUACGCAUAUCCACUUUGCUUUCAUUGAUGUCACACCUGACUUUAACAUGGAUAUAAGCAAGGUUAAAGAGCAGUUUGACAUCUUUAAAGGGAUGUCUGGGAUUAAGAAGAUUAUUUCUUUUGGCGGCUGGGACUUUAGUACUCUGCCUGGUAGUUUUCACAUUCUUCGCGAAGCAGUGAAGCCUGGUAACCGUGAUAUUUUCCAGAAGAACAUCAUUGCCUUCCUAGAUGUGCAUAAACUCGAUGGAGUUGAUCUUGACUGGGAGUAUCCAGGAGCUCCAGACAUUCCCGGCAUCCCCCCUGGUGACCCCAAGGCGGGUAUGGAUUACUACGAGUUCCUCUCUGGCGUUAAAUCGCAGGUAGGCAACUCCAAAACGGUCUCCUUUGCAGCUCCAGCUUCCUACCAUUAUCUUAAGUCGUUCCCUAUGGAGCAAAUGGGUGCAAAGCUUGACUAUAUCAUCUACAUGACUUAUGAUCUACAUGGUCAGUGGGACUAUGCCAACCCGUGGACUUCGCCCGGCUGCCCUGAGGGUAACUGUUUGCGAUCUCAUGUCAACGAAACGGAGACCAAAGAUGCCUUGUCAAUGAUCACUAAGGCUGGUGUGCCGUCUAACAAAGUGGUCGUUGGUGUUACUAGCUAUGGCCGAUCGUUCAAGAUGGCACAGGCUGGUUGCACUGGGCCAAUGUGCAAAUUCACUGGUACUUCACGCGAAUCAAAUGCUGCAAAAGGACGCUGCACAGAGACAGGUGGCUACAUCUCCAAUGCGGAGAUUGACGAGAUCAUCACCAACGGUAAAGUCACUAAGCAGUGGAAAGAGGAAGGCUCCAACAUCCUGGUCUACAACGACACUGAGUGGGUCGCAUAUAUGGAUGAUGACAUGAAGGCCGCUCGCUCCAAGUUUUAUGAUUCGUACAACUUCGCCGGUACCACAGACUGGGCUGUUGACCUGCAAGAGUUUGUGGACGGCAGCGGUGGUGAUGACUAUCCUGAUGAUUACGAAUACGAUAUCGACCUCAAUUUCUACUCAGACUGCUCCAAAACGUACACUUCAUUCAAGCAGCUCGAGGACGACAAGGGUUCAAUUCCAGCUCAUUGCAUGGAGAAGUAUAUUGUUAAUGUUGAAAUCGCUGUUAUGGAAGCAGCCCUGAAAAAGUACAAGGAUUUGGUCAACAAUGGCUACGACGGCAAGUUCAAAACCUACGAACGCUACAUCGAUGAACAAAUUCCCGGCAAAAUUGACAUAUUCAUGAAGGAGAAGGCAGACAAGUACUUCAAGUGCACGCAGAAAAUGGACGUUACAUGCUGCAAUGGCUGCACUUUCGAGUGUUCCAGAGGCUGCGACAUGUCAGCUAACUGUAAGGAUGGCGAGUACGAUGUCGGAGUCAAAUGUCAGGACGCUAUCAAUAACAAACUUAAUGCCACAUUCUUGUUUGGGGACUCCAAAGCCUUCUAUAAGGAUAUUGGUGAGGAGUAUGGCAUCGAGGAAUCGUGGAUCAGCAUUGGCAGGAAGCUAUCCGUGCUUAGCGAAGAGUGCAAUUACGCAGGCAAGGAUGUUCUGGAAUGUCAAGACCGGAAUAAUUUUUGGUUAUGGUACUAUCCCGUCCGAGGCAACGUUAAAGUAUACAACCCGAAGGACCUUAUCGGCGAUUCGUACUCCAAGGCCGAGGAUCUCCUCCAUCGCAUCAAGGUCGUUAGGGAUAAUACUGAUUACAGUGAGCUCGUGCAGUGGCCCGACGUGCUCGACGCUGCAUCCUUGCCCACGUUAACAUUAGAGACCGCCGGGGGCGAGCAUGGACAAGAUUUCUAA